AUGGGUGACCGUUCCGCGCAACACAGAACCGAAGUGGCGCGUGUGCCUCCUUCCGUCUGCGAGACGAUCAAGGAAGCAACGGAUGUCUUUCACAGGUCCUCUCGCUUCGAUAUCCUUCGGAACAUGGCUAGGAGCGAUGAGGACAGGAACAACAGCUACCGGGUCUCCACCAAAAGCAACUACUUUGAGAAAGCCAAAACCAUCAUUCCCGAUCGCAUCGCAGACCAGAUGCUGCUCCACUACAUCAACGACGAGCUUGUAUCCUACAUCCACCGCUCCUUGGCUGACGGCACCCUCGAUAUUGUUGGGGAGCAGGGAAAGCAGCUCAUGACCUACCUUGAAGGCUACUACGAGGGGAGGAAUGAGGUCAGCCAGGGAAUGAGCAGCUUUCGGACGGCGACUGGCAAGAAGGGCACUUUCCACAUGCCAACAUCACCGAAAGCUACUCUGGCUACCGCGGAUGAUCCGGAUGACCUCGCUUUCGAGCUCGUUCGCCGGCUCAACAUGCACGGGGCUCCGAGCAUGGGGAGACUGUGGGACCCCGAACUUCCCGGUCUGGCAGAGAUCCGAGACGGGAUGUUGGCUUCCAAGGACAUCACGCUUCACGAGGGUCAGCUCCCGGAUGUCCUCACCAAGGCGACGAAAAAGAUGUUCGGUUCUCUCAUGUCGGACGGAUACCACUCAGAAUUUCCAAGUGAAGACGACAAGAGUGCUGAUGGGCGAGGCAGUGUGCAGGAGAGCUGGUUCAGACAGGACCUUGACACCGCCAACGUGAAGAGAAAAGCGGCUGAAGAUGAUGGGGACGAGGUCACUACAACCGGAGGAGCUACCAAGAAGACACGCCGUUGA